AUGCUAAAUGGCCGAAUCAGCAUGUUCUCGCAGACUCUGCUUCCUCUUCUUACAGUUAGUCAGGACAAGCUCUCCCUGUCAGCCUGGUCAAGCUCUGUGAUUCCUCUGGGAGGACAUGUCACUCUUUACUGUCAUUCUUGCAUUCAGUAUGUCAUAGUCAAACUAUUCAAAAUAAUUGGGAGUCCUGACCCUGAGUUCCAGAAUGACCUUUUAAACAGCAUCACCAUCAGCCCUGUAACUACAGAACAUGCAGAGAUCUACAGGUGUGCGUUCUCAAAACCCUCCCUCUCAGCCCACCCCAGCUCUCUUGUGCACAUGGGAGACAGCAUGACCCUGCGUUGUCAUUCAGAAGUGACUUUUGAUAAAUUCAUCUUGUACAAGAAGGAGAACACACAGGUUUUCCAGCAUCUUGAUAAGGGGAUCCAGGAUGGGAUUCCUAACUCCCAGGCUGCCUUCUCCGUGGGUCCAUGGACAUCUGCCCAGGCAAGACCCUACAGAUGCUAUGGUUCUUUCAGUCACUCCCGCUAUGAGUGGCCAGCCCCUAGUGACCCCCUGGAUAUUGUGAUUACAGGAGAAUACAAAAAACUUUCUUUCUCAGUCCAAGUGGACCCCAUGGCAAGGUCAGGAGAGAACAUGACCUUGUCCUGAAGUUCCAAAAUCCCAUUUGACAAAUACAAUCUAUUCAGGGAGGGAGUCACCCACAAACCCUGACUCAGUGGAGGACAGAGCCACAAUGGAACAAUCCAGGCUAACUUUCCUCUGAGACCUGUGAUACUGGUGCAUGGUGAAAUUUACACAUGCUGUGGCUCUUUAAAUAGCACUCCGUGUGUGUGGUCAGCCCCAAGUGACCCACUCUCUGUUUCAAUUGAUGGAAACUUGCACUUGGGCUGUCAGAGAAUAGGAUAG